AAAGUAGUAGUAGACUUUUGAUUUCCUUCACAUGAAAAUUAAAGUACAAAACAGGAACAGAGUUUUUUCUUAGUCAUGGAACUCGUAGAAGUUUUAAGUUUGGGGGAAAUUUCUACAUGUGCAAAGAUGCCAUUAAACGAAAUGGAUCUCAUAUCCCGAACAUCGAAAUGUGGCAAAAGUGUUUUAGAGAUAUUCGACGUCGAUGAGAAGGUCAGUUUCUCAUAUGAUGGAGGUGAGGAGGAAGAAAUGGAAACUCUCGAUCGUUCAGAGCAGUCCGAUGAUCGUCCAGUGAAAAUGGCACAAGAUAUUGACUGCCUGAUUCGACAGAUUGAGUCUAUGCAAAUAGCGAUUAGGAAGCGUCAAGUUAAGAAAUGUAGUGAAGAUAUCAGUGAAGAAACUGCAGAAAAUGAAAUAGAAGCCAUAACCGAUGCUCAAGUGAAGUGCAAGCAGCGGGAAAACCAAGGAAUUGACAUUGAGAUCAAGAAGAAGUCUGUAGCCAUAUGUUCGAAUAACCAACCGCUGUGCGGCAAUGAGUUGCUGGAAGCCAGGAGUCUUCGUCAGGCCCACAAUCGCAUUCAAACGCAAAUAGACGAACUGAUCUGCAGGUAUAGGAAACUCCGCGAAAUCAUCAACCAAAUGCGCGAAAGGAUUCGCUGCAUGGAAGGCAAUCUUAUUGAUUUAAAUUCUGAAGCCGAAAAGUAUGUAGCUUGGUCCAGCGAAGUUUCCAAGGAACUAAAGGUGUGCCAGGAGCGAUACAAUUACCUAGUCAGUGCCAAGAUGUCCAAAGCGGAGGGAAAAAAACAAGACCUCGUUCAGACCACACGAUUCCUUAAAUAUAAUGCAGCUUGCCUUACCAAAAGUCGGCUAAAGCGCGAAAUCGCUGAUUUCAAUGGCGAGGUGAAGGAUCUUGUGAAUCUCAUGAGUGAAUUGCACAAGGAACUGGAUCGGAAUAUGGCUUUUUUCGAAUCACGACAUUCGAAUUUUCUUGAUGAUCCAGAAGAGUUCCUAUCAUCCUUGACUGUGACAGUUAGACUAUCCGAUGAGUUCCGGAAGUCAGGAAUGAAACUUGAAGACGGCGUCAAUUAGCAGUUGAUCAUUAAAAUAGGUUUAUUUAUUGUUAAGGAAAAUAUUUCAUAUUAGCAACAUUAUUUCGACAAAAAAUUACUAAUAAUAAAAAUAUUU